UCAAGAAUUUAUUUGUAUUUUUUUAUUUAGUUUAUUUUCUUUAUUGUUAUUAUUAAAAUCCACAGUCAAUGGUCUCACUUUGGAACUUUUAAGCACUGUUUUCAACGGUAUGGAUAUCACUGACAGAAAAAGGAAAAAAUUUGGCCGGCAAACUUACGCAUCCCUUGUGAUAUUUAUGGGUGUAGCUGUGGCUCAAUGGAUUCUGGUCUGCUUGGUGGAAAGUGGUCGUAAGAUUUUCCGUGACUUUGAGAUUAUUUGCUCGGGCACCUUUGCUCUAGCUGGCAUAUUUUUUACAAUAUUCGUUUUCAACCAAGGUGUUCGCAACCACAAGAUUUACAGCUGGGUUGUAGCUUUUGUGAUAGUGGAACUGGAGAUAUUUUCGAUGUAUGUGCUAGCAGCUCGAACUUGGAUUCCAGAUCUGUUGGCUUUCUUCUUUCUCUGCACGCUCCUGUUGAUUGUAGCCCUGGUCGUGGGAUGUCAUCUUUCAUUCUCGAUGGAUAUAACUCGCUACAUAGCUCCACUCUUCAUCUUGAGUUUUAUACUGGCCAUGAUGUCCGCUUAUUUUCUGUUGGCCCAUUUAUUUUUACCGAAGCUGAUGCCUUAUGCUUAUCUCAUCUUUGAGCUCGGCCUAACCUUUGUAAUGACAUCGAUUAUCAUGCUGCAUGCUCAAACAAUUAAUGGCGAUCGGUAUGUCCAGAUGAGGGUAAAGGAUUUCAUCCUGGCCGCUUUGCUGGUCUUCCACGAAUUCCUGCUCAUCUACGCACUCACAUUCUACUGGCAGAUUCACUAUAGCUACUUCACAUCAGAUGACUACUUCUGGAUGUCGACUAGCACCCUAAAUACACAGAGAACGACACCCAAAAAUAUUCAGUAUGAUUACUACGACAACAACGCAUCUAAGGAUGACUGGUCGGCUAAAAACGAAUCCAAUUAUGGAUUCAAUCCGGAUAAUUGGGAUAUCAAAGAUGAGGACAUGUAAUCAAAGCUGCCGAAUAUUUAAAAGAGCUGUAAAAGUUAAAUAUAAAAAAUAAAUUGUA